CACCCACCGAGAUAACGCCGACAUGGUUACGUGGGCGUGGUUUCCGGUCGUUGGUCUGUUGCUGGCAGCAGCGACUGGUCAGGAACCUAAAACACGAGAUGAGAUUCGACCGCAGGUGUCGACGACCAAACAAGAACUGGUUGGUUCCAUCAAGCUGCUGAGACAAUUGCAGCCGCCUCGACCGUUCGUGCCCAAGAAUCUACCGGGCAUUAUCGCGCCAGUCGAAAGAAAUCAGAAGAAACGACAGCUGGCCAAUCUCGGGCUAACCUUUCCAGAGCCAUUGUUACCGCUAAAUGGUCAAACUCCACUUCCGCUUCUCGAGACAACUUUUGGCGCGGGUCACGGUGACAGCAUCGUUCCACGAAUCACUCCGCAACCAAAGCAGAUUAUCACGCGGAUAAUCGAGACAUCGCCGUCGCUUGGUCAUGUCACAAUCGUGACCCCAUCGAUCCCUGAAUCACAACGUCGAAUUCACGAUUUCGACAGAUCAUCCCAUCACAAAUCCCAUUCCUUCCACCAUAAACACGGACAUCAUCAUGGACAUCAUCACGAUCAUCAUCACGGUCAUCAUCACGGUCAUCAUUCGCAUCAUGACCACCAUGCUAAGCACGGCCAUCAUCACGAACACAAGCAUCUUCAUGGUCAUGAGCAUAAGCACGAGCAUGAUCAUCAUGAAGAACAUAAACAUCACGAAGACCACAAACAUCAUCAAGAUCAUCAUCAUGAUCAUGGACAUAAGCACCAUUCUGAUCAUAAGCAUCAUCAUGGCCAUGAACAUAAGCAUGGUCAUGAGCAUAAACAUCAUGGAGAGCAUAAGCACUAUCACGGACAUCAUCACCAUUCGAAGCACGAACACCAUGAAGAACAUAAACACCACUCUGAGCAUCACCAUCAUCAUAAGCAUCAUCAUCAUAACGAGCACCAUCAUCACCAUGACCAUCAUCAUGUUAACGAGCAUCAUCAUCAUCACAGUCAUAAGGAAACUGAGAAACAUCAUCAUCAUCAUGGACACGAUCACAAAGAGCAUCAUAAGCACGAGCAUAAGGAGGAACAUAAGCAUCACCACGGACAUGAGCACAAGCACGGCCAUCAUGAGGAUCAUCACCACAAACACGGACAUGACCAUAAACAUGGACACCACGAGGAUCACAAGCAUCACCAUCAUGAAGAUCAUCAUCACAAGCAUGGCCAUGAACAUAAACACGAUCAUAAGGAGCAUCAUCAUCAUGGUCAUCAUGAGGAUCAUCAUCAUAAAGAAGAUCAUAAACAUGGCCACGACCAUAAACAUCAUCAUGAUCAUCACGAGUAUCAUCAUCACGAUGAGGAUCAUAAGCAUCACGAGGAACACGACCACAAACAUCAUCACAAGCAUCACGAAGGUCGUGAGCAUCACGAGGAUCACCACCAUAAGCAUGGACAUGAUCAUCAUCAUAAGCACCACGAGGAUCAUCACCUCCAUGUGUUCGAAAAUUACGAUCACGGGCAUUACAAAAGUUUCGGCCAUCGUUUCGAAUCCCCGCCUGUUCAUGAAGAAUUCAUACUCUCAGAAGAAAGCGCAGCGAUUUCAGUGACACCGCCUUUAAAAGACGUUCUAAAGAUCACGAAAUCACCGAAAGUGAGGGAAUCCGUAGAGCACACGGAGAUUGCGCAAGUUUAA